AUGGCCAACAUGAUUGAGCAGCUGGAUGCUCUCAUCGCAGAUACUCUCUCGGCCUGGAAUCUCUACACCACCCUGAUUGCCUUGGCUCUGUUUGCAUUUGUAGCAUAUCCACUCAUCUUCUGGGCCGAGCCCGAUACUCAUCCUCUGCUUCUUGCUCGUCAGGCUACCGCUUCUCCUGUCCGCCAGCCACGCGAGUCUGCCGUUUAUCGCUCGACUGAAGUUCCUCAUGGCUACACUUUGAAGACUGGUCUCUCCGUUCGCCAGCCUGGUGCUCCCAAAUGGACUGCUGGUAAAGAUGGUGAUCUCAGAGAUGUUUGGCGUGAGGCCGUCAACUCCUCAUCUGCUACUCCCAGCAGGAUCAUGUCUGUCCAUGGAGAAAAUUCUAUCGCCGAGUAUGACUUGAGCAAACUUUCGAAUACCAUCAACAUCAUUGGCUCUUAUCUGCAAAAGGCAGGUGUUCAAAGGGUCGCUAUCUACACGCCAAAUUCGAUCGAGAACCUCGUCACCGUCUUUGCCUGCUCAUUCUAUGGCUUAACCCCUAUUCUGCUUCCUUUCAAUCAAGACCAUGCCAUCGUUUGCAAGCUUCUUGAACAAACACAAGCGCAAGCUGUAGUCGCCAGCGCCGGUUCAUUGCCGCUUGCUGGCCUUACUGAAAGUGUCUCUACUCUGCGUCAUGUCAUCUGGGUUACAGAUCCUGCCAACAAGCACAUGGAUUGGGAAGGUGCCCCUGACAGCGAAACCAAAGGCAAGCUUGCGGUAUCUGUCUGGGAUAAUCUCGUGACAGAGGGUUCCUCGAUAAGCAGUGAACUGCCCAAGAAUGACGAGAGUGUGGUACCUGGCAACUUGAUCUUCGUCUGGCAGAAAAACACCACCGAUUCUGUUGCAGAAGUGGUCGAAUUCACUCAGAAGAACAUGGUCGCAGCUAUUGCCGCCCUGAUGUCAGCUCUGCCACAGCGCCAGCGUUUGGGUCCUUCGGAUCUUGUGUUGCCGGCUGAUUCGUUCAGUCAUUCCUACGUUUUGUCUUUGACCAUGGCCGCACUAUUCAGUCACAGCUCCCUGGUCAUCAACUCUGUCGCGGGUACUGGUGUUGAUCUGUCUCUUGCUGCUCGCGGUGUGGCGCCUACAGUGAUCAUUGCUUCGUCUCAAUCUCUUGCAAACUUGCACCAAACUUACAUGUCGGGAGCAUCCUCUGGCCUCCACAAGUUUGUUCACUCAAACCAUGGUCGAGCUCUAGCCGCUGGUCGCAUGCCUGGAGAGGACUUGCUGUACAAAAUGGUUGCUCCCAAGGGAAGCGCUAUUGGUACAUCGCCCGGCAAGCUACGUCUCAUUCUCGCAUCUGAGAGAGCCGGUACCGGGGCCACGACUCUGAGCAGUACUGCCCUCCGUGAUCUUCGCAUUAUCACACGCUCCAGAAUCUGCUACGCACUGACGGCCUCUUCAGUGGCAGGUGCUGUUGCGCAGACCAACAUCUAUGAUUACAGACACGACGACCGCCCAGGACAUAGCCACUUUGGCGCACCUCUGAGCAGUGUCGAAAUCAAGCUUGUGGACAAGGACGAUAGCAAGGUUGAUGGUAGCACGCCUUCAGGCGAGAUUGUUGUAUCUGGUCCUGCUGUCGUUGGAGGUGAGAGCAACCUUGGCGUGAGGGGCGUCUUCCGUGAAGACUGUACCCUGGGCUACGCUUGA